CCCACUCUUACCCCACCACCCCACCCUCUUUGUCGGCCACUGUAACAGCCACUACCAUCCAAGUAGCUCCCGCUUUCACAGUUUCAAACCUGUGCAUCUCUCUUCGUCUCUGUGGGCCACAUCUAAAAAGCCUGGUCUGUUCCCAUGGUACGGCAUUCUCCUUGUGACCAACAACGCGGACACUCCGGAAAUCCUAACUCUUGAAACGAAUAGACUGAUGUACAAAAAGUGACCUCGGCUUUACGGGAUCAAUUGACUUUAAUUCCGGUGUAUUGAAACAGAAUUCGGGUGUGUUUGUAUCAUAGAAAUACCGCUUUUGCUGAAUUAAAAUGUGAAAGUGUGAUGAAGUUGGCCGUUUAUCUUUUACUGAAACCUCCACGAAAGAGAAGUAAUUAAGUCUCACUGCAUUUUGUGCGAUUCUAGACACAGUCACUUGUGUAGAAAGUUUGAAGAAUAUUUUUCAAUCACUAAAUUUGAGUAAGACACAAUAAGUUCCCUUUUUUCCGAGGGUGAUGUCGUAGAUAUUUGUUCCUAGGAAGAUUACGAAAUCAAAAUUAUCAAAAUGGAUGAGGCAAAAGAAACUCAUCCAGGGUCCGAGCAGUCUCCUGUUGCUGCAGUCAUCGAGCCAAAGAAGUCUACAGCCUUUUCUAUUAGGGACCUUUUAGGUCUGAAAAGUCAUCAUCAACAGCAGCAACAGCAACAUAGACAGCACCAGUCUUAUCAUCGCAGCCAAAACGGCAACGAAAAUAAUGGACAAAAAGAUGGCGAAUCAACUCUUGAUGUUCAACGAGAUGAGAAUUCUUCGUCUGACUCAAGUUCCUCCAGAAUUUCUGUGGACUCCAAUGGAAACAACGUGAUAUUGGUUGAAGACAAACACUAUAGACCAUUUGAACACGAUUCGAUUGGGACGAGACAUGGCGACCACGAAAGUAUAGGAGAAGGGGUAUGUGAUAUCAUUAAUGAGAAAUGUCGUGAUGCUUGCGGGAAUUCGAAAACGUCACAUCUAGAGGAAUUGAAAGUUUGCGUAAAAUCCCCGGAAACAGCCACUCCCGAGGUAUCGGGGUCAAACAUAUCGGCUGGUAUCUUCUCACCUGUAGGGAUCUCUGAACUGAAGCCGGCCCGUGCCAGAACACCUGGCGAUGUAAGGGACACGGUGGACUCGAGACCGGCCAGGGAACAACAUCGGCUCAGUUUGAUGUCCAUGGGUGUCCGGAGUUCUCAGGGUGUCAUGGGGGUUAGUGACCACUCCCUGGAAAAUGACCCCAGGUGGCGUGGGGCUAGGAUGGACGCUAUCCAUGGACAACACAGCGGUCAGCAAAUGAUCAAUUUUAACAUCUUUUCAACCGGGCACGGGAAUAGAGAUCUCUUCGGAUGCGCUGAUAGCGCGGACAAGUCAGGUGUGGAGAGUCCGGUGUUUGAGCAUCUGCACCUACCUGGGCAGGGAAAGAAAAAGAAAAAGAAAAGACGUCAUAGGUACGGUAUCAUCACACUGACUAUUUGUACAUUUGUUUAUUUGUUCAUUCCUGUGUUUAUUUGUUUGGUAGAUUGUGAAGCCCUUGUGGAGCCACUGCUCCGACUGGUGAAUUAUUCACCGGUUCUCCACAACCGGACACGUCUCUCGGUCGUUCGAGUGUCGUCCUUGUCCCCGCGACUCUUGCUCUGA